AAGGUAAAAGCGUAAAGAGCGAGAGCGAGAGAGACGUACAAACAAAAAACCGAAAAUAAAAUAUGAUACAAACAAUUUCGGGAUAAUUUGGAAUAUUUCCGAUAAUCAAAAUCGUUAGGUGGUCGAUUAAAAAUUCAAAAAUUCGGAUAAGCCACUUUUGUUUGUUUUGAUUCUCGCGGUGAACUGGACGCGUCCAUUUUCACUUUCGUUCCUUUUCCUCCGUUUGUAUUUUCGCGAAAAUUCCAUAAAAAUAAAAUAUGAAAGGUCCAAUAAUUAUUUCAGUCGAUCGGCUCUCCGGUUAAAAUUUUGACCCCGUUUUUGAGUUUGCGUUCUGUGUCUGUGUGUGUGUUAGUUAGUUCGUGUCCCUCCGAAUAGGACGAGGCACCUUUUUUCCGCUUUUUUUUUCUGAAAAAUCGAUGCUGCCGUUAAAUUCCAAAAAGAAGUCUUUAAAAUGUGCCGUUUUUUUUAAGACGCACGUAUCGAUUCGGCUCGGAGGCUUGGCCGCCGGAUAAUCGUCACCUCUCCCCCCUUCAGCCUUAGUGUAUUAAUUUUCCAAAAAAAUCAACAGGACAAACGUGAUUAAAUCCGUAAGUUAAUAGAGCCCAAACCCAAAACAACCAUCAAAUGUCUUUGUGAAUUUGUCAAAACGUCGUCGUUUGUUUUGAUUGAAGAACAUCUUGGGAACUAUGAUGACUCAAGUGCAGUGAGUGCUAUAAUAUAAAAGACCAUUAUUUAUUAUUGAUAUAUUGAAUGACUCACUUUAAUUGAACCGAAAAUGCUUCCCCAACAAUACUGUUUACGAUGGAGGUACCAUCACUCGAACCUGCAGACCAUGUUCUCGCAACUGUUGGACCGACAAGCCUUUUGCGAUGUCACCCUGGCCUGCGAAGGUAAAACCAUUAAGGCCCACAAAAUUGUCUUGUCCGCCUGCAGUACAUAUUUCGAGACCAUCCUCUCGCAGUACGAGGAAAAGGACCCCAUACUUAUUAUGAAGGAUGUCACUUAUAUCGACAUAAAAUGCCUUGUGGAGUUUAUGUAUCGGGGAGAGAUCAAUGUGGAGCAUAACCACUUGGCAACGCUGCUAAAAACCGCGGAGGAGCUCCGGAUAAAGGGGCUGGCGGAGGUGUCGUGGCGGGACGAGGAGCAGCCCCAUCAGGGGCACCCCCACCCGGACGAGGGCACCUCCGCCUCCAACGGGAUGCACACCGUCAUCCCGCAGGUGGCCGCGGUCAUGGGCAGCCCCAAUUACGAGCCCCCACCGCCACCGCCGCCCCCUCAACCAAAAAAAAAGAAACGCGGACGACCCCCCAUAGGUAAGACUUACGACUACGACAUGCAGUUCAUGCCCCCGAAGAUCUCGCACGUGUCGGGAAACGUCGCGGUGGUGGACGACGGGUACUCGAACAGUAACAGCGGGCACGAGCUGCAAAUCUGGGAAGAGGACGCGGGACAGAACACCGACGAGGAACCGCCGCCGAUGAAAAUCAAAAAAGAAACGACGCACGCGGAGCUGGACGAGGAAGAGGAGGAGGAAGACGAAGAGGACGAGGAAGGAAGCGACGCCUCGUUCACCACCGACAAGGGCGGAGGGGGGGGCGGUGGUACCGCGAAGGGCAGCGGGGCAGGAAACGUGACCACGUCGGGGGUGCAGUCGUUCCUCACGCCCGCCAUCGAGAAGGAGUGGCCGGACGUGGUCAAGUUGAACGAUUAUCUGAACACGGGGAGACGGCAGCAGUUCUGGGAGGAGCCGUUCACCAAGCGGGUGAUGGACGCGAUCAAGACCCGCGCCCUCGAGAUGAAGGUGGCCGCGGAACUGUUGGGCGUGUCCUACGGGACCCUCUACGGCCGUUAUAGGGACUCUUACGGGUGCCUGAAGCAUCCCUACAGUUUUCAUCCAAUAUUUAAUAGAAGGUACGCACCCAUAGUGCGCGACUUCUGGACCGAGCAGGGACCCACCGACGUGCUGCUGAAGCUGAAACGGAAGGAGAUCACGCUGUUCCGGGCGGCGGAACAGUUGAACGUCACCCCGCAAACCUUGUCCAAUUAUUUAAUGUCCAUGUCCCAUAUGGAAGUUACGGAGAGCAAUUCCGGCGGCGCUUGUUCGGGUAAAGAGGGAUCCUCGGACGAAGAAACGGACUCCAUCUUACCGGACAGCAAAAGGCCCGUGAGGCCGGACCUCACUAUAGUGAAGAAAGAGAAGCCCGAUAACUCUAACAAUAACUCCGAUCAUUCCGAAUCAGGCUUAAAGCUUCAAAAAAAUGUCUAUGCAUCCCCCCCCAGAACGUGACUACAAUUAUUAUUAUUAUUAUUAUAUAUUGUAAAUUAUGAGAAAUGUAUGAUUGUAUAUUUUGCAAUAUUUUCUAUAACAACGUAGCGAAUAAGGUAAUUAAGUAGUUUUAGCACAUAUCACGCUAACCGAGGGACCCGAAUGUAUUCAGAUCGCAAGUUUCGUAUCUAUAGGUCUCGUCAGUCAAAAGUUAUUUGAACUUAAAGAUUUUAGUGGUGCAUAAUUUAAUUGGACAUGAUUCGCAUUUAUUAAUUUUUUUUAAUAAGAACAACUUUAGCUAGACAGUUGAAAUUUUCUGGAACAAUAGUCCGUGGUACCGCCUAUGUAUCCUGAAAGUUUCGUACUUUUAGGCCUCAUCAGUCAAAAGUUAUUUAAAUUUAAAAAUCAUGAUGGAACAUAAUUUAAUUAUUGAUGAUUGUUAUUUAAUAAUUUUUUUUAUUAAGAACCACUUAAGCUAGAAAGUUGAAAUUUUCUGGAACAAUAGUCCGUAGUACCGCCUAUUUGCCCUGAAAGUUUCGUACUUUUAGGCCUCAUCAGUCAAAAGUUAUUUAAAUUUAAAAAUCAUGAUGGAACAUAAUUUAAUUUUUCAUUAUUGUAAUUAAUUAAUUUUUUUUAUUAAGAACCACUUUAGCUAGAAAGUUGAAAUUUUCUGGAACAAUAGUCCGUGGUACCGCCUAUUUGUCCUGAAAGUUUCGUACCUUUAGGCCUCAUCAGUCAAAAGUUAUUUAAAUUUAAAAAUCAUGAUGGAACAUAAUUUAAUUUUUCAUUAUUGUAAUUAAUUAAUUUUUUUAAUAAGAACCACUUAAGCUAGAAAGUUGAAAUUUUCUGGAUCAAUAGUCCGUGGUACCGCCUAUUUGCCCUGAAAGUUUCGUACCUUUAGGCCUCAUCAAUCAAAAGUUAUUUAAAUUUGAAAAUCAUGAUGGGGCAUAAUUAAAUUAUUGAUGAUUGUUAUUAAUUAUUUUUUUUUAUUAAGAACCACUUUAGCUAGAGAGUUGAAAUUUUCUGGAACAAUACUCCGUGGUACCGCCUAUUUGCCCUGAAAGUUUCGUACCUUUAGGCCUCAUCAGUCAAAAGUUAUUUAAAUUUAAAAAUCAUGAUGGAACAUAAUUUAAUUAUUGAUGAUUGUUAUUAAUUAAUUUUUUUUUAUUAAGAACCACUUUAGCUAGAAAGUUGAAAUUUUCUAAAACAAUAGUCCAUGGUACCGCCUAUGUAUCCUGAAAGUUUCGUACCUUUAGGCCUCAUCAGUCAAAAGUAAUUUAAAUUUAAAAAUCAUGAUGGAACAUAAUUUAAUUUUUCAUUAUUGUAAAUAAUUAAUUUUUUUUAUUAAGAACCACUUUAACUAAAAAGUUGAAAUUUUCUGGAACAAUAGUCCGUGGUACCGCCUAUUUGCCCUGAAAGUUUCGUACUUUUAGGCCUCAUCAAUCAAGAGUUAUUUAAAUUUAAAAAUCAUGAUGGAACAUAAUUUAAUUUUUCAUUAUUGUAAUUAAUUAAUUUUUUUAAUAAGAACCACUUAAGCUAGAAAGUUGAAAUUUUCUGGAAUAAUAGUCCAUGGUACCGCCUAUGUAUCCUGAAAGUUUCGUACCUUUAGGCCUCAUCAAUCAAAAGUUAUGUAAAUUUAAAAAUCAUGGUGGCGCAUAGUUAUUUAUUGAUGAUUGUAAUUUAAUAAUUUUUUUUAUCAAGAACCACUUAAGCUAGAAAAUUGAAAUUUUCUGGAUCAAUAGUCCGUAGUACCGCCUAUGUAUCCUGAAAGUUUCGUACCUUUAGGCCUCAUCAGUCAAAAAUAAUUUAAAUUUAAAAAUCAUGAUGGAACAUAAUUUAAUUUUUCAUUAUUGUAAUUAAUUAAUUUUUUUAAUAAGAACCACUUAAGCUAGAAAGUUGAAAUUUUCUGGAAUAAUAGUCCAUGGUACCGCCUAUUUGCCCUGAAAGUUUCGUACCUUUAGGCCUCAUCAGUCAAAAAUAAUUUAAAUUUAAAAAUCAUGAUGGAACAUAAUUUAAUUUUUCAUUAUUGUAAUUAAUUAAUUUUUUUUAUUAAGAACCACUUUAGCUAGAAAGUUGAAAUUUUCUGGAACAAUAGUCCGUGGUACCGCCUAUUUGUCCUGAAAGUUUCGUACCUUUAGGCCUCAUCAGUCAAAAGUUAUUUAAAUUUAAAAAUCAUGAUGGAACAUAAUUUAAUUUUUCAUUAUUGUAAUUAAUUAAUUUUUUUUAUUAAGAACCACUUUAGCUAGAAAGUUGAAAUUUUCUAAAACAAUAGUCCACGGUACCGUCUAUGUAUCCUGAAAGUUUCGUACCUUUAGGCCUCAUCAGUCAAAAGUUAUUUAAAUUUAAAAAUCAUGAUGGGGCAUAAUUAAAUUAUUGAUGAUUGUUAUUAAUUAAUUUUUUUUAAUAAGAACCACUUAAGCUAGAAAGUUGAAAUUUUCUGUAUCAAUAGUCCGUGGUACCGCCUAUUAAUCCUGAAAGUUUCGUACCUUUAGGCCUCAUCAGUCAAGAGUUAUUUAAAUUUAAAAAUCAUGAUGGAACAUAAUUUAAUUUUUCAUUAUUGUAAUUAAUUAAUUUUUUUUAUUAAGAACCACUUUAGCUAGAAAGUUGAAAUUUUCUGGAACAAUAGUCCGUGGUACCCCCUAUUCACCCUAAAAGUUUCGUCCCUAUAAGCCUCCUCAGUCUUCUCUCAAUUGCCUGGAAGAAAAAUAAAUAUUUAAUCAUUAUUAAGGCACAAUUCUCCCUCUGUCUCUCUCUCUCUCUCAAUUACCUGUACCUGCUAUCUCCCUUCUUCUUCACCCUAGUAGCUCCCCCCCUCCCUUGAAGCGUCACGUGACUUACAAACAAACCGCGCCCUCUGUUGAUCCAUUCAUGUGCCUUGUAAAUACCCACUCACAGGUUUCUGUAUCCGAAUACAUUCGGUCGUCUUAUAAUAGUGUUAAUAAUGGUAAUACUUAAGUAGGUCUUAAGUUACAUAAUUGCAGCCAAGGGUGUCUUAAAUUAUUUAUUAAAAAUCAUCCCCAAGGGACAUUUCAACCCCCUUUUCCGUUCGAUAAUACCUGCGUACUAUAUAUGAUAAACAUUCCUUCGGAUCUAGUCUGUCUCUUUUAUAACGUAUGUAACUGAUAAAGAAAGACACCAGUGAGGGUUCGACUCUUAUAUUUUCAGUAUUUUUAGCUUUAAAAUUAAGUAAAACGUACUUUAGGCCCCCGCCCCCCGAUGUGAAGAAGCUUUCGUUGAUUUGAUUAUGACGACAACAACAACAACAACAAAAAAAUGUAAAUCUCCUUUAUAUAGCGUUUAUCCUGCAGUAGUUUUGUGCUAAUUUAUUUUAGAAAUAAAUAUAUAAUUUAAAAACA